GCCCUCCAGCUAGGGCUAACCCGCUUGCUAGGGUAACCCUCCUUGUAAACAGGCCCCAAGACGUUAAACCAAGGUUAAAUUACCUACAAGGUAAUCAAUAAAAAUGAUGAACUGGUCUGGUUUUUUUUAUUUUUAUUAUUAUUUUUUUGUAGUAUCAUGGCAUGUCUUGAACUCUUUGGUGUCGUGAACCAUGAUGGCAAAUUCUACGUGAGGACUUCACCACAAUGUGCCAGCCCCGACUGGCUUGGAACAGCUAAAGAAAUCGGAACAGAUGGCUGGAACGACUUCGAACAUCUAUUCUUCCAUCCAGACGGUACCUGAUAUGUGUUAUGAAUGACAAGUUCUACAAGGGGCCGUCUCCUCAAGGCUCCUCGGCUAGAGAGUGGAUCAACCAAGCCACCCUUAUCGGAAAUGUGGGACGGAGGUGCUUCCAGUUCCUUUUCUUUGAUCCUGACGGUAUACUGUAUGGUGUUUACAAAAGUAAGUUUUAUAAGAGGCUCCCGCCUGGAUUCCCAGGGACUGACCCUAAAUGGCUUGGUAUAGCAUCACUUGUGGGAUCCGACGGGUGGUCAAUCUUCAAAUUCCUCUUCUUCGAUCCAAUAGGCACCUUGUACGGAGUCAUUAAAGGAAACCUGUAUCGGCGUUCUCCUCCCACGGAUCCAGCUAACUGCUGGUUAGUAACCCCUUCACAAAUUGGCACAGGGGGCUGGGAGGAUUUUCAGUUUCUCUUUAUCAUGCCGGAUAACGACUUGUACGUCGUCCGCCAAGACAAAUUUUUCAAGCGAUCACCCCCAACCCAUGGAAACAGUGAUGAUUGGGUGGGCUCCGCAGAAACUAUUGGCUCAGUUGGCUGGUCUAUGUUCAAAUUUCUGAUGUCUCCUGUACCCGGUCGACACUAAAACUGUGUGGCUCGCAGACGAGAACUUGAAAUGCAGUGAAAUGCAGUGACAAUCGUUAUGAUGACGGUGACAAUCAACAAACAAAUGUGAACGUCACUGUCUGGCUUUAUGACAACCUCAUUAGUAACGACCAGUUCAGUUCUUUAAAAAUUACAGUCCUCUGACGAAAACCAUCUCAUGCGCAAUCUGCCUUCCAAGGAAUAUCAGUUGGACAAACACAUGCCAAAGACAUACUAUGUUCUGAUACAAAUUCCUUUCAACAAUUUUUUGUUCUUUUUUAUCGUUUUUGUUUAUUCACCCUCCC